AGUUCGAGCGACAGAGUGUCUAGAUAAUGAUGGGCACAGUAAUAAAACUAAAUGUAUCCCCAUAAUCCAUAAAAAGUCGCAGACAAAAAAUGAGGGACGAAUACAAGACGCGCAUUCAGCCAACGGAUGUGGUUGGACAGAAAAAUCCAACCCACAAGAACGCCGCCAAGAUAUUCCUUCACCCAACACCGUUCGACCAAGCCGGAUUUGCGAAUGGGGGCAUUUGUCUUGUUGAAGUGAACGGCGUACAGCGAGAGGCUGUUACUUGGCGCGGUGAUACCAAGGUCGCUAACAAUAUCGCCUCCAUCAGCCGAGUUUUCCAGGAUGUCGCCAAUAUUGAGCUUGGUCAGAUUAUUCGGAUAGUUCCUGGCGGCGCUGUCGCAAGUGCUCAGAUUGUCGUUAUAAGAGAGACAACAUCCGGCCCUUUUCUCCCAGACUCUGGUGCUGAGCAUGAUCGAUGGGUGCAUCAUCUCGAAUAUAAACUUGAACUGGCGGAAUAUAUUCUACCUGGGACACCUUUCGAGGAUGUCUCCUUGAGGGGAUUCCAGCGGUCUUUCAUUGUAGAAUCCGUUAAUGGAAGCGCAAAAGGGGUUGUGAAAUACGAUCCUGCUACCACGGUCGUCGAAAUCUCUAAUGAUGAAGCUGUCGGCGAUGUGGGUAAGCUUAGUCUUCAGCCUCUGCCAAAUAUGGGCCGACAGAUUGAGCAACUAAAUGAUUUCUUUGAUGAGUAUGACAUAGAGUUAGCGAAUAAUGCAAUACCUCCGUUUACAUGCGGGAUUGUUAUCGAUGGCACUCAUGGUACUGGCAAAACGAUGCUUCUGGACCAUCUCGCCGCGACGCGCUGGGGGCGAGUGGUACGGAUCACAGAAGAUGAUAAGCCUUCGGCAAUCCAGACCAGUUUCGAGACAGCUAUAGAACAGCGCGGGGCAAUAAUGAUUCUAAUCGACGAUAUUCUUACGCUCAUAGGGAAAAACAAUGCAAACAGACCAGGUUACAUGAAAGCCAUCAAAACCGGACUGGACGAGUUAGCAAAGAAGGCACAGGCAGACAAUCGACGACCAAACGUCCUAGUCGUAGCCACUUGUCUCGACUAUCUAGAAGACAUCCCCUACGAUCUUCAGCGUCCUGGUCGAUUUUGGCAGCACAUCAGCCUUCCUACGCCGGACGCUCCUGGGCGAGCAGAGAUUUUACGCUCAAUGAAACCGCCGUUCCCUUCAGGGAGAUUUGAAAAAUACAUAUCGGAUCUUGUAGAUCGAACCCAUGCAUAUACAGGAGGCGACCUUCGCAACCUUCUUGCCAAGGCCAUGCAAGCACGAAGGAAACGAGUGACGCCUCAAUUAGACUCGCCGCUUGAAUGGGAGGACGUCGCGAAAAUCUUCAGUGAAGUCCGGCCAUCUGCCAUGAGGGAUAUCAACCUCAAGCCACCGACGAUACACUGGAGCGAUAUCGGCGGUUAUGAAGGUGUCAAGUUAGCGCUGCAGGACGUGUUGAGAACCCCCGACGGUCUACAAGAAAACCUUUGGGUGCCGACGAAGGGUGUGCUUCUAUACGGCCCACCGGGUUGCUCCAAGACGAUGACUGCACAGGCCAUGGCCACCGAAACCGGAUUCAACUUCUUCGCGGUCAAAGGCGGCGAGCUGCUCAACAUGUACGUGGGCGAGACAGAGCGAUCGAUCCGCAAUAUCUUCAAACGAGCGGCAGAAGCCAGUCCGAGCAUCAUCUUCUUCGACGAGAUCGACUCGUUAGCAGGGACUCGAUCCAGCGGCUCCGGUGGCGGCGGCGUCCAGGCCGUCACUACACUGCUCACGGAGAUGGCAGGCUUCGAAGAGCGCGGUAACAUCUUCGUGCUGGCAGCCACCAACCGGCCGGAUUCCCUGGACCCGGCACUCCUUCGCCCGGGGCGCUUCGACGAACUCAUCUACGUGCCUCUCCCGGACGUGAAGGCCCGCGAGGCCAUCAUCGCGCGGAUGUCCAAGAAGCUCCUGUUCCAGGACAUAGACGUGGCCGAGCUGGCGCGCAUGACGGAGGGGUACUCGGGGGCCGAGGUGGCGAAUAUAUGCGGCAGCGCGUUUAGCAGGAGCCGGGAGGCCGGGGAUAGCUCGACUGCCAUGGAGGUCCUGCGGGCGAAGAUACGGAGUACGCCUAGGGGCGUCACGCAGGAGCAUCUGGGCUAUUUUAACGAGUGGCAUAAUCAGAGAAAGGGGAUAUUUUAAAGAGUAGGCAGAGAAAGAGAAAUAAAAAUGAAUAUAAAAGAUUUCAUGA